ACCGGAUGCUUUGCUCUAGCCAUGGAUAUCACUUUCGAUUUGACUCUAAAUUCUAAAGUAAACAUUCUAGCCUACAGUUCAAACAGAUUUGAUCAGAUUUGUAUAUUCCUAUAUCUUCUAAUUUAAAUUCUAUCGUGAACUGGAUUAUUAUGCAACGAUAAACGAUAUAGUUUGUUAUUUUAGCAUGUGUGAAUAAAUAAAGUUUCGGAGCGCUCGACCGAACGACAUCGUCGACAGAAAUUAAGACAUUGAAUUCUCCAGUCGGCAAAUUCCGUUAAGCUGCACAAUUAUGGCAUCCAAUGAGAGUUCUAAACCGAAAAGGAGGAGGAAGAGCAGCAUGGACGAGCCUCCUUAUUUGUCAGGCGAUGCAGAGUUUAGAGUCCUUCUCUUUGGGAGAAGUGGCCGAAGUCAAUUUUCUCUGGCAAACUCCAUUCUGCGGACAGAUGUGUUCAAUGAUGAGCUCUGCAACAUUACAGAGAGUCAGAGACACAGGAGUGAGGCGUUUGAGAGGAAACUAGCUGUGGUCAACACUCCAAACCUCUCUGAGUAUGAGGCAUCCCAGAAAGAGCUGAAACGGGUGUUCAAGAUGUCUGUGUGUAUGUCCUCUCCUGGUCCCUACGUCGUUCUCUUUGCAUUCGACCUGAACAACAUCUCACCAAGUGCCGUAAGCAUCCUGGAACUCGUCACAAAGCAUUUUGGGGACAGCAUCUUGAACCACAUGAUGGUUGUGGUGUGCCAUGAAGAGGAGAAGGAGGAUUCAGCUCUUGAGGAGAAAGUCAAGACUAACAGAGACUUCAGGGAGCUCAUUGAGAAGUGUGGCCAAAGGUAUCACCUCUUCAAUGAGAGGAAGGCCCGGAGAGAUGAGAAGGUUUCCAGACAGCUCCUGGAGAAGAUGGACGACAUGGUGAGGGAUAACGGAUGCAGAUUCUACUCCAAUCACCAAUACCAGGAAGCAGAGGAGAGAAUCCAGAAAGAGGAGCGUUUCAUGAUGAAAGGGAGAGAGAAAGAGAUGCUGACAAAGAGGAAGGAGCUGGAGAGCAGGUACACAGGUGAAGGUCUUGAGGAGGAGCUGCUGCAGUUUGAGACAAGGAUAAGAGUAGAGAACCGAGAGAAGGCUGAGAGGAAGAUCUCAGAGGUACUGGGAUUUACUCUAACAGCAGUUGACUAUGCUGCUGCAGUAGGUAAAGGGGCAGCUCUAGGGGCUUUAUGUGGAGCGGUCAUGGGGUUUGAGGGUAUGGCGGUGGGAGCCGCUGUAGGUGCCGUUGUCGGGGGUGUCAUAGGAGGUGCUGCCAGUGCGGCAUGGGGUUACGUCACAAACGCUGCUGCACAAAUGAAUAGACGUUGAGACGAUGGUGCCUACAUCGAUGAUGCAUUGCACAGUUUAACAGGUUGUGUCAUAUUGAUGCCGUUCCUGCACAGUUUAACACCACUGUCAGAUUUGUAGAGGUUUGAGGCCAAUCAGUUCAGUAAUGAAACUUAUUUGUCAUUGAGAAAAUAUUCAGAGAUGUAUGUUUUGUAGAUAACAGACGCUGUUGAUUUUUGGCUGCUGAUCUGGUGAUGCUACUAGUAGGUUAUUUUACCCAGAUGUAACGAUCAUCUGAAAGAGGGGACCAAGAUGCAGCGUGGUGAGUGUUCAUAUUGAAUUUUAAUAAUACAAAACACUUGAACAUAAGACACAAACGAACGCCAACAGUUCUGUCAGUGCAAACCACACAACAGAAACAACUACCCACAAAACCCCAAAGGAAAACAGGCUGCCUAAGUAUGAUUCCUAAUCAGAGACAACGAUAGACAGCUGCCUCUGAUCAGGAACCCUACUCGGCCCAAAACAAAGAAAUACAAAAACAUAGAAAAAGGAACAUAGAACGCCCACCCAAUGUAACACCCUGGCCUAACCAAAAUAAAGAACAAAAACCCCUCUCUAUGGCCAGGGCGUUACACCAGAUUCAUUGUUGAAAUACGUAAUCAUGAAUAAAGGGAGAUCCUUUAACGAUGGAAUAUUUAAACACAUUCUAAAUGUACUGUUGUUUUUGCUGUCUUUGGAAUUCCCAAUACAUCUGUGUACAUUUAAAUAGGUAAAAUGUAAAUAUACAUUCUACAUCCAUUUAUGAAGAACAUAGUUAUUUGUAAUUUUAAAUUACUGCUGUACGUGUCUCUAUUUUGCCUAAUAAAUUCCCUGAUUUUGAAAACAAA